AUGGGAAGUUUACCUGAAGCCAGAGUCACGUCUGGGUUUGCAUUCGAAUCGGUUGGAAUCGAUUACUGUGGUCCGGUGACAGUUAAAGAGAGAUUGGGUAGAGGAAAGAAAGCGUACAAAGCGUACAUCGCUGUAUUUGUGUGCAUGAAAACGAAAGCAGUGCAUCUUGAUUUGGUCACAGAUUUGACAACAGAUGCAUUCAUGGCUUGUUUGUCGCGUCUAAUUUCGUUGCGCGGGAGCGUCCGUGAAAUCUUCAGCGACAACGCUACCACAUUCCACGGGGCAUCAAAUGAGAUGAAGUUGGUAUUUGAACACUGGGAGCAAGUGGCUGAUGAAUGCCUUCGUCUUAAGCGCAUUCGAUGGAAUUUUAUCGCACCAUUAUCGCCGAAUCAAGGAGGAUUGUGGGAACGAGCCGUAAGAAGUGCAAAGAAUCACUUGCGUCGUGUUAUUGACACGCAGAUAUUGACUUUCGAAGAAUUUGCCACCGUUUUAGCAUCAGUUGCAGCUUGCAUGAAUAGUCGCCCACUGAUUGCUCUUGAUGAUGACCCAACAGCAUGCGAAGCGCUCACACCAGCUCAUUUGGUCGUUGGUCGCCGAUUGAUUGGCCCAAUACAAUUUGAUUACACAUCGAUACCGGACAACAGAUUGACGCGUUGGCGUUUGAUUCAAAAGAUUGCUCAAGAAUUUUGGUCACGCUGGCAUAGUAAAUAUGUAGCGCAGCAAAUCGAAACAUCGAAAUGGAAUCAGAAGAAGGAAAACAUCGAAGUUGGAGACAUUGUGCUCGUCAAUCAUGACAACUUACCGCCUACUCACUGGCCGCUGGCACGAGUAAUUACAACAUUCCCAAGAGAUGAUGGAUGUGUGAGAAAUGUUGAAGUGAAGCUUGGAUCGUCCACAUUCAAACGAGGAAUUAACAAAAUUGCACGCUUGCCAAUCAACGAUGAAUGA